CCUCUCUCAUCUCAUCUAUGAAGGCAGGGCUAGCUCUUCUACCGUCCCACCAUCUGUUUGUUGUCACCGUUUACAGUUUGACUCAUCACUAUUGGAGCUAACGUUACAUGGAAAAAUCCUCUUUUCGCGCUCAUCCUUCUCACGUCGACGGUGUUUCCCCAGAACAAGUUGAGCUACACCCCCCAGAUGAAUAAAUGUGCCAAACUUUGCAGCCAUAAAUAAUAAUGAGCGGAAACACCCAAGUCACUGUGGCUGCAAUGCAGGAAUUCGAUCGCUACAGCACAGUCCUGCCUAUGUAAAUCCCAGCCCCACCGAGAUGAGCGUGGAGCCCUGGGCCAGCCCGCAGGACCAGGCAGCCGCUGAGCACGCACACAGCACCCACGCGGCAUCCUCCGAGGAUCAGGAGCAGCACCCUGACAAACUCUGCCUGGACUCGUUCUGGAGUGAGGUGGAGACCAUCAGACAGGGGAGUGGCUACACAGACCUCGAGUGCUCCAGGAGAGACUCCAGACAGUCAGAAGAAGGCGAACAGGAGGAACAGUGGUUGGCCGAUGCUGGUUUGUCGACCCUCAUCAGCGAGGACAGCGAGGAUGUAGACAAAGCGGUGCUGCUGUCCACUCUGACCCGGACCCAGGCCGAGGCCGUCCAGCGUCGACUGGAUUCCUACACGCUGUCGCUCCGCAAGAGGAACAAAGCGGCACCGCGUGACGUUCGCGACAUCUUCAACCCCUCAAUCUCUCAGUCCCUUCUGCCUGAGGCUCAUCAUAGUGAAGACUCGGCCCAAAACAGUAUGGCAUCGCUUCCCAAAACAUCCUUAUCGGCUGUGACGCCGGAGCAUCACCGAGGCGCUCCUAAAGAGGAAUUCUUCAUCACCGACGUGGCUUACUGCGAACAGGCCGUCAUCUUCCUCAAACAGGCCAGACUGCCGCAGAACAACAGCCAACGCAGAAAAGAGGAUGGCACCCUGCCUCGGGUGAUCUGCCCCAAGUGCCGCCUAGGAGUGACUCGUAUUCAGGAUCUCUCGCACUCUGACAUGAAGAAGGUGCGUCAGUUGGCUCUCAUCGACAUGACGGCGCUGUGCGACCUCUUAGAGCUGGAGGUCAAAAGGCACAAAUCCGGCAAGAGGAAAAUCCCAGAGAGCACGCUCUACGGGGUGCCGCUGGCCGCGCUGCUGGAGAACGAUCAGAAAAUUAAGCCCAACACCUCGACUCCUCUCUUCAUGCAGGCGUUGUUGUCGUUUUUAGAGAAGAAAGGUGUCGAUUCGGAGGGGAUCCUGCGGGUUCCAGGAUCUCAGUCCAGAAUCAAGUUGCUGCAGCAGAACUUGGAGACCAACUUCUACUCAGGGCCGGUCAGCUGGGACGACGUGAGUCCUAACGACGCUGCCGCGCUGCUCAAGAAGUUCAUCCGGGAACUGCCCGCUCCUCUGCUCAGCGCUGAGUACCUCAACACCUUCAGCGCCGUCAGAGACAUCACAGAACUGAGGCAGAAACUCCACAUGUUGAACCUGCUCAUUCUGCUGCUGCCUGAGCCCAACAGGAACACACUGAAGGCCCUCCUGGAGUUCCUCAGUAAGGUGGUUUCCAGGGAGAGGAAGAACAGGAUGAACCUCUGGGCCGUAGCAACCAUCAUGGCUCCCAACCUCUUCCUCCAUAAGGCCGUCUCCAGCAGACUGACAGAGGGGGCAGAGAAAGGUCAUGCGGAGAAGGCAGCUGAUGUCAUGAGGCUCCUCAUCCGCUACCAGGACCUGCUGUGGACGAUCCCUAAUUUCCUCAUGAGCCAGGUGCGUAAGCUGAAUGAGAACAGUAACCGGCGUUACCAGUUCUACGAUCGGCGCAUCAAGAACCUGCUGAGGAAGAUCCACACAGACAGCCGCGACAAACCCGAAAAAAACAUCUUGGAGCUGUGCCGUACGGUGAAGAUCCAGGUCGGGGAUCUGGUGAGCGGCACCUUGGAGUUCCAGCUCAACAUCAACUCCCGAGCCUCAGACCUGCUCGCUCAGUUUCACCGCCAGUCCGUCCGCAGCCCCGAUAAUGGAAAGGGCAAAAUGCGAAGAAAUGGCUCUGUGGCGUAUCCGGACUGUGUCCUGUACGAAGUGGGAGGAAAUAUUGGUGAGCACUGCCUGGAUCCCGACACACACCUUCUGGAUUUGUUCAACAGCAACUCCGGAGGAGAGUGGGUCAUCAAGCUGAAACCCAACGCCGGCAGAGGGCUGUGAAGGAUGGACGAACAGAUCGGUGAACAGCUCGCCGAAGAAGGACAAAGGCAGAGCCUAAAAAAAACAAAACAAGUCCAUGCAGCCCUCUCCUCUUGUCGUUUUCAUCCUUGGAGCAACGAGGGAGAGGAGACAGAUGGAGGAAGCAGAAACAGAUAGAUGGAGAAUCUGCCAGGAGCAGAAAGCACUGUCUACGAUGAACACACUUUGCCCUCUUUCUCUUUCCCUCUACCUUUCUCUCUCCAUCUUUCUCCUCUUUUUCUCCCUUCACUCCAUCAUUCUUCUCCUGCGUCACCGCGGGGCUGCGGCGCUGCAAGCAGAAAGCCGCUGACGUGACUCAUUACUCCCAGCAGAGAACCUGCUGCAUAGGAAAGAGAGGAGAGAGAAAGAGAGUUUGGUUCGCCAUCUUUUCUCUCAAGCAAUCAUCUCCAACCAUAAGCGAGCAGAUGGGGAUGCAGAGCACCUCUGGCUACAAAGAGCACAGGUCCCAUCCCCUUCACAGGCCAGCCAGACAAAUCGUGUUUUUAAAUUGUGGGUUUUGCAAAAGGCUAAAACAUGAUUCAUGUGCUAAACGACCAUAUUCUUGGCUUAACUGGUGUUUAACCCUGCACUGGACAGUACAUUUAAAAACAAAACAUGUAUACAAGAGAAAACAACAUUUAUUCUGAGAUUCAUUCUUGACCUUGGAAACUGCAGUUGUCACCACGAGGUCCAUUUACAGCUUCUAAAAGUACAUGCAUGUCAUAAAAAUAUGUGUUCACGUUUCUCUAAGCACCCCCUACUGCAGUUACUGAAACAACGUUUCUCACUUACAAGGCGUUUAAAGAAAUCAGCUUACUGGAGAAAUCCAACUGUAACCCGGGCACUUGAUUGAUUGAUUUAUGGAUAUAGAAGACAGAACAAUCCCAGGCAUAACAUAUUAAGUGUAAACAGAUAUUUCCAACAUGGUGUCAGAUGUCAUAAGUGCAUGUAAACACAGGGACAGUAGUAGAUAUCUAUUAAGUUUAGGAUAUGGACAGAACACUCUCGUAUCAUGUUCUGCGUUUUCAAUGCAACGAGCAACGAGAGAAAAUAUUUUGAAAACUGAAAAGCUAAUGGGACAGAAGCUAACCUGAAAAUGGAGCGGGACAGAAGCUCUUUGUAAGCAAACAGUGACCAACCGAUCCAUCAGCCGACUGAUCCUCUGUUCUUCCUCUGUGCCAUUCAAAGACACCCACAUGAACUGAUGUCUUCUUAUCUGUGAAAGCCUGCGAUCUCUUGGGCCUUAUAGAAUAAAAAAAAAAAAGCCAUGGACUUCCAAGGACCCUUGACCUGUACAGAACAAUGCUCAAAGAGACUUCUCUUUUUUUUUUUUUUUUUGAUACCAAGGGAUUUGGUGUCGCAACCUCAAGGACAAUUAUUGCACCUCUAAAAGGGAGUUAAGGACACAGUGAAGCUGGUCUUCAGUUCUCAUUUUUAAACGCAUGAAUGGAGCCAAAAGUGCUGAAUUGACUCUUGGGGGGGGGGGGGGGGGGGUAAACUGGGAUUAUUAGUGUUAUUUAUAUGAAUGUAAUGCCAUUGUUGCUUCUGUAUUUGAUGAGUGUUCUGUAGGCUAGAGAGACUUUAGGAUAACGUGGAGUUGCUGCACUCAGUGUAACAGUAUGUUGUGUGAAGUCACCCAUCCCCAGUGUGGGAAGUUGCAGUGUUCUUGUGCAUAUUUCUUGAUGCCGAGUUGUAUUUUUGAUGGAUUUCUUUACAUCCUAAACAGUACAGUAAGAUAAACAUCAUGUGUAAAUAUUCAUCCGCACUGAAAUCACUGCAGUUGGUCUGUUUUGAUCGCGUUGCUACUCAAGGUAUUCUCCAACACACGCAAGCAGCAAAUGAAUGUGUUUAACAUUUUUGCGCCGGUCGUCGGACGUGAAGCGUUUACUCCUCGCAGUCGGAGCCAUGUUGGUGCUCCGCGGCCAUUUUGUGGGAAGUGGCUCGCACUCUCCGCUCAAUAAACGGAGUAAUGACAGCGGGCCCGGCACCAACAUCUAUCAACACCCUCUGCUCCAUCUCUGUCACCUCCCAAUAAUGGACCAUAAUGGUGGUGCGGUGCAUGCGUCAGAAAUAUGCAGAGGAAUCACAUUUCUUUGAUAAAGGAGAAGGUAAUAGAUGGCGGUUAUAAAUUCUGCUGCCUCCCCCCCUCCCCCUCCCCCUGGACCUGACGACAGCAGCGGUGUGUGUGUGUGUGCGUGUGUGUGUGCAUGCAUGUGUGUGAUGAGCUUCAUUACACAAGUCCAAUUGGCCUGUCCCAGGGUCUAAGGCACAGUUCAGUGCCUCGGCACAAAGCGAGCUGAUGAAACUGCCUUCUGCUGACAAUCAGGAGAACUAGGUCACCUCUGAAGCAGCAUCCCAGAGGGCAAGCACCCCAAGGAGCCGAGCACGUAUUGUGUAAACACUCAUGACAACACACAACAUGAUGUGGAGUCACCAAAAACAAGGGGCACAAGGUCACACACUGAACCCAUUUUCCAUUGUUUGUGUUUGUACAUACUGUAUGUGAAUGUGUUUGUGUGUGUGAGAGAAAAAGAAGAAGCUUCCUUUGGGGUAGAUACAUGUAUCUCUGAAACAGUGUUAUAUUGCAUCACCCAGGGAGAGUAAAUGAUGCACAGUUACAGGAACAUCUGUGGUUGUGAACCUCUUAUUGUCCUCAUCAUGGGGAAGAUUUUAGAUGUCAGUCAGCAGACGUCAGAAUGUAUAUUUAUGCCCUUUACACAAGUCAGUUUUUUUUUUUUUUUAUACUUUUGUGAAAAUAGUCUUUGCUGUAGAAAGAAAAACUUUUGAAAAAUGUUUUUGUCAAUAAAUGUGAAUCUAAUCUUGUG